AUGCCCGCAUUCCUCAGCAGCAACAUGCAGACGCGGCGCGCGCGCGUGCUGCUCGUCGCUUUCGGCAUCAUCGUCUUCCUCAUCUUCCUUCACAACUCACAACUCGGCGGCGCGGGAUACCUACCAUCAACAUCCGCAGGCCAACAGGCCGCCAGCGCCUCUCACAACGGCGCCGGACAGCCGCCGCAGCAGCAGCACGGAAGUCAAGACAAAGAUGCCGAUCUGCCGGUCGCACACGGCGAGCCGGAUGCCUCGGGCGACAGGCUCAAGGCGGACGCCGACGGCGAGGAUUCGUACCGCGACAAGGACGGCGAAUUGGCCAAGAAACCCGCAUCUGCAUCCGGGGCGACACCGGCACUGCCGACUCCAUCCUCCGGCAGGACGCCCCCGGAACCCCCGGCCAGCCCGCCUCCCGUCUCAUCGGAGCCGUGCCCCUCCUUUGAGAACUGGAUGCGCACCAGGCCCGGUCCUUUCUCCGAAGGCAAGCGCAAAUUCCCGCUCAACAGACCCCGGCCAGAAUGCCGCACCUUCACCACGCCCCCGAUGGAGAAUCUCAUCACUCGCAUGAAGACGGUCAUCAAGGAUCCGGAUCUGUACCGUCUGUUUGAGAACGCCUACCCGAUGACGCUGGACAGCAUGGUGAAAUGGCGCGGCUUUGCCAACGAGACGGAUAAGUCGACCGGCGAGACGAAGGUUACUGACAUGGAGCUCACGUAUGUCAUCACCGGUGACAUCGACGCGCUCUGGCUGCGCGACUCAGCCUCGCAGGUGUACUCUUAUUUGCCGUUGCUGGAAGCCUCGAAGGACAAGGACUCGCUCGCGAGUCUCUGGCGCGGGCUGAUCAACGCGCACUCGCGGUACAUCAUCAUCUCGCCCUACUGCCACGCCUUCCAGCCUCCGCCUGAAAGCGGCAUCCCUCCCACUCAUAACGGUGCAUACAUACACAACCACCCGAUGCCGGCAUACGACCCCGAGAAGGUCUUUGACUGCAAGUGGGAACUGGACUCACUCGCUAGCUUCUUGCAACUCUCUGUGGCGUACGCGGAGAAGACGAACGACUGGGAGUUCUUCGGAAAAUACGUAUGGAUCGACGCCGUCGAGGCAGCCGUGGACGCGGCCGGCGCCAUGCGUCUGGGGACCUACUCGAAGGAGGGCAAGGUGGAAAAGUCGGCCUGGACGUUUACCGGAUGGACGAACCGCGGAAGCGAGACUCUGACCAACGACGGCCUGGGCAACCCCAUCAAAGAGAACGGCAUGAUUCGCACGGCGUUCCGACCCUCCGACGACGCCUGCAUCUUCCAGUUCCUGGUGCCCGCCAACAUGAUGUGGGCCAAGUACCUCGAAGACGCGUCGGAGAUCAUGGCCAAGCUGGACGGCGAGAAGGCGAAGAACCUGACGAUUGCGAUGCGCGAGCAGGCCUUUGGAAUCAGGCAGGGGAUCGAGAAGGACGCCAUCGUGCACCGGCCUGGGUUCGGAGACAUCUUCGCAUAUGAAGUGGACGGCUAUGGCGGGGCGAAUAUGAUGGAUGAUGCCAACGUGCCGUCGCUGUUGGCGAUGCCGCUUUGGAACUUCACCAAGUCCAAGUUCAAGCUGCCUAGUCCGGCGAAGGGCGAGAAGGAGAGGGACUACUCCAAGAUUUACCAGAACACGCGGAAAUUCGUGCUCAGCGACGCCAACUCGUAUUUCAUGCGCGGACCCGUCAUCUCAGCCGUGGGAGGACCGCACGUCGGUCCCGGCAAGGCCUGGCCCAUGGCCGCGGUGAUCGCAGCUAUCACGGCCUACGACCCGAUCUCCGGCGUCAAGGAUGUUGAGAAGGAGGUCGAGGAGCAGGUGUCGAUGGUGUUGGACUCGACGGCGGGUACGGGAGUUCUGCAUGAGAGCGUCAACAGCUGGGACGAGAAGGACUGGACCAGAGCAUGGUUCGGAUGGGCGAACGGAGGAUUCGGAGAGUUGAUCUUGAAGAUGGAAGAGCAAGUGAAGAAGGCCGAUGGAAGCGGCCUGCUUAGCAAGAGUUGGCAGGGAGAGCCUGCAGCUGCUCCUCCGCCAGCAUCGCCAGCCUCAGCGGCAAGGUAG